AUGGAUGAAUUCAAGACAGAAGAAGAUAGUCAAGAGAAAAAAGGGCUCAUUGUUUCAAUGCCGAUUUCAAGCGAUUCCAAUCUAACAAGAAGCAGCUCUCGAGUAGCCAGUGGAGAAGCGCUGAAUUUCUUUCAGUGCUUGCCUUCUGAUCCUGAAGCAAUGGCUGCAGGCCACCAUAUGUCUUCUCUUCUAGGUUGCUUUGAGCAACUGAUGAAUACUGUUCUUGGCGUGUCUGCUGAAAUUGAGAGAAUCAAGGCUGGUGUAAGUGCAGGCUUGGAAAAGGCCAGUUUUCCCCGAAUAGAUUACCAUCAAAGACAACUGAUAUUGAUGAAUCCAUCAAAGAAGACGAAUAGGAAUGCAUCUGAUAAUUCUGGAGAACAAGGAAAGGAACACGCUUUGCCUAGUAAGAAGCAAGAUGGUGGAGAUGCAGAAGAAGACAAUAGGAAUGCAUCUGAUCAUCCCGGGGAACAAGGAAAUGAACACGCUUUGCCUAGUAAGAAGCAAGAUGGUGGAGAUGCAGAAGAAGACAAUAGGAAUGCAUCUGAUCAUCCCGGGGAACAAGGAAAUGAACACGCUUUGCCUAGUAACAAGCAAGAUGGCGGAGAUGCAGAAGAAGACAAUAGGAAUGCAUCUGAUCAUCCCGGGGAACAAGGAAAUGAACACGCUUUGCCUAGUAACAAGCAAGAUGGCGGAGAUGCAGAAGAAGACAAUAGGAAUGCAUCUGAUCAUUCUGGAGAACAAGGAAGGGAACACGCUUUGCCUAGGAAGAAGCAAGAAGGUGGAGAUGCAGAAGAAAAUGUCUUUCUUACCCUCUCUCUAUCUCUCAGAAUCACGAAGCCAUUAAUUCCUUCAUCAAUGGCUGACGAAGAUAACGCUCAAAUUGACCAAGAAAUUCAGAAUCUUGUUAAGAAACUCGAUGUGUGCGUUGCAAAGUUUGAUCAAAAGAGGCAGGUUUUACAGAAAGCAAAUGAGUCAGAAACCGAAGCACUCAGGAAAGAUCAAAGGGAAACCAGGGAACUAAGCAACAUUGAAGCUGGAAGCCGGAAGAUUGCUAAUGUGAAGCAAUGGCUGAAUCAGAUGGCACUGAUCAGUGGUGACACCAGUGGAGAACAUGAUCAGGGCAAUAAUUACUCUGUGCUUGUUGUUGAUGAUGAUCGUAAUGCUCGAGACACCAUUCAGAGAUACACGAUGCCAGUAGGGACAGAAAAGCAUCGUGCAAUGGAAUUUCAAGAGGCGAAGAAUGGCAAAGAAGCUGUUUAUCUUCAUCUUGCUGGGGCUUCUUUUGUUCUCAUUAUUAUGGACGAUCAAAUGCCCAUCAAGACUGGAAUUCAGGCAACACAGCUGCUACGCAAGAUGGGUGUUAAGAGUCAGAUUGUAGGUGUCACUUCUGAGUCUGACCAACAAGCUUUCAUCCACGCUGGCCUCAACACCUGCAUUCGAAAGCCACGGAGUCUUGCAUAG